GAAUGACAGUGCGCUUCCUCCAUAACCCUCCUCAUGUCUCUCGCUUCUCAGUUCAUCAUCAGGUCAUGUCAUGGCACACAUCAUAUGGCCUGCUUUACCAUCUGUAAUAACGCCGAGCACAUGAAAAAAAGGAACGACGAGCAUAGGACGUAGUAAUCCUCACAACGCCCAUCGCUGCGGCUACUCCGAAUGGCUUCUUACAUUUGUGUUCAUGAAUCCUCCAUUACUUGAUAAUGCCGAUGAGCCGAUGCUAUCGGAGAAGCAUCCGAAGGCUUUGCAAGACUUGGAGGAGAGAAGAAGAUCUUCGCUCGACACUCCUGGAUCAAUCUGGCUGUUCGGCGCUCGCAUUGAGGUAUUCUCACCUAAGUGGAUAAGUCGAGGUACAGUUCAAUGCAGUCCCUGCCACUUCUUACCCCUACAAGCCGGGUACGAAAGUCGUUGUGGCUGCAUUCGCACCAACGACUCUUUCUCUCUCGCGCACUAUUCUCCUUGCUCUACGCCCAUAACCCAUCAAGCAAGGGUUCAUCGUGGUCAUCGAAGAAGCAUCGAAGCAGCCUCAACGGCUUUAAAUAGCAACGGAACAUCACAAAUCACUGUCAUGCAUAUGACGCCCGGGGAAAACAAUAUAUGCAACAACAAACACCUCUCUCACAUAUCAAUGACUCCACUUCACGGCCCGCAAGAACCAUAUCUGGAGUCUUGGCACGACACUUGAGAAGUCACACCUCCACUCAUACAUGCAGAGACAGAGGCAGACUGCUCACUCAUCAUUCGCAGGCCUGUGAGUAAGGUUCCAGCAGAGCAAAGCCAAAGUCAAGACGUGGUGUCAUCAAAUGAGAGUCUCGGGAAUUGAUUUCACCGCGCCAAGCCUUCCUCACGGAACAGUUCCCUUCGCUGCAGCUCGUCUCCAAAUGCGGUUCCCAGCAAAGAGGAGUUCGACAUGACAUCCCGACGGCCAACCUCCCAAUUGCCUUGCUGCACCAAUAUUCCCUUC